AAAUCUGACAGAACUCGAACUCGCAGAAGCAUCAACAGACCAAAAGAGUUGAAAAUCCGCAACCUUUGUGCCAUAUCGUCGCCCCCCCCACAAUGUCCGCAUUCUGCCGGAUUUGCCGGGUGCAGAUCUUCUCGCAGCCGAUUCCGCUGUCCAACAGCUCGCUGCGGCAUUCCAAGCUGAUUUACGACAUGAUUUUCGAGUGCACCCAAAUUAUGCUCACCAAAGACAUCCGGCUGCCCCAGGUCCUAUGUCAAGCUUGCGCAAUCCGGCUAGACGAGGCGUUCGCCUUCCUCCAGCAGUGUCGCGAGUCGGAACAGAUGCUCGUAAAAACCCUCCCGGCGACGGAGUCGCCAGAAAAGCAAACGGUCACCGAAGCCGUCAAGCUAGAACUCCUCCCCGUCUCCUUCAACUCCUACGGGCACGUCCUGCUGGAAGCCAGCAGCAUCGAUCCCACCGGCAAAGACUGGAUGAGCGAGGCGCGGAAGCACCGCGAGCGUCAACGGAUAUCUACGGCGCGCCGGCGUGCCAACAUGACGCCCGAGCAGCGGGACAAGGAGCGCGAACGGGCCCGGAUACGACAGGCCCAGCGGAGGGCCGCCCGAAACGAUGACGAGGUUCGGGCGCAGCGGGAGCGCGACAGGGUACGGCAGGCCAUCAAGCGGGCCAAGUUUCGGGAGGUGGAGUUGGUUGGGCAGAAUCGACCGCAUGGCCAGAGCUACGCGCUUGAGCCGGGAAUAAAUCCGUUUGAAUAAGAAAAAAAAGUUGUUUUAUUCGUAAUUUUAGCUAAGGAUUGAAAAAUCAUCUUAAAAUUAUGCUUAGUCCAACGUCAAAACAAGAUGCU